UCCACUAUGAACUGCCCAUACGAGAUGUUCCACGUGGCAGUUUUUAGACAACUGGAUAGAAAAAGUCAAAGAAAUGUGAAUUUUUUUGGCUUGUCUGGGGUUUGACCGCCGAAUCAGCAAUGUGAGAAUCUAUGACUGGUAAAAGAAGGAAUAGUACAAAAACAACAAUACUAAGAAAUAAAUAAAUAAAAAGAAAAAGAAAAAGAAAAUUUUCUAUCUAGAGUUUUCAUAGCACUACUCAGACCAUCAAUAUAUAAGCCGCUUUCUCUUACCAAAUACAUGUGUAUGAAAAUAUUGUCCUCUUAAUAAAACCCUCUCUCUCAUUGUUUGAAACUGAAACUGAUUAUUCAUUCUCAGCUUUUCUCGUUGUACACUCUCUCUUUCUCAUUGUUUGCAAUUCAUUCAUAUAUAUAUAUAUAUACAUGGAUAUGGAUGAAAUUGAAAUUCCUCAGUAUUUCAUAUGUCCCAUAUCUCUUCAGAUCAUGAAAGAUCCUGUCACGGCGGUGACUGGCAUCACGUAUGACCGGGAAAGCAUCGAGCACUGGCUGCUGACGGCGGAGGACAGCACGUGCCCGGUCACGAAGCAGCCUUUGCCUAGAGACUCUGAUAUGACGCCAAACGUCACACUCCGCCGGCUCAUCCAAGCAUGGUGCAUUAUCAAUGCCAACAAUGGAGUAGAUCGGAUUCCUACCCCUAAAUCCCCUCUCAACAGGUCUCAUGUUCGUAAACUCGUUCGAGACCUUAAAGUGCCUCACCUCUGCGUAAAUUCGUUAAAGAAAAUGGAAGAAGUCGCCAACAUGAACGAAAAGAACAGGAAAUGCAUGGUGGAAGCGGGCGUGACAAGAGAGAUGGUUUUGUUGAUAGUGAAAUGUUUCAAGGAAGGAAAAUUUGAGGGUGUCGAGGAAGCUUUUAGGGUUCUACAUCUUAUAUGGACUCCGAAUUCUGAAAACAAGCAGUUGGUUAAAGAAAACUUUGAUUUUAUUGAGUCAAUGAGAUGGGUUUUGGGAUGUGAUCAUGUUGGGAAUCAUGUGGAGGUGAAAACCCAUUCCCUGUUAACUAUGAAAAUGAUCUUGGAGGUUGUGAGUUCGAAUGUGCUUGAGCGAUUAAGGCUCGAUUUCUUCAAGCAGAUAGUAAAGAUUUUGAGAGAGAGAACCUCUCAUGAUCAACAAGUUCAGAAAGCUAUAUUGCACAUCUUAAUAGAAGCUUGCCCUUGGGGGAGAAACAGGAUGAAAAUCAUCGAGGCAGGGGCGAUUUUCGAGCUCAUUGAACUUGAAUUGGAUAAGCCUGAGAAGAAGGUGACUGAACUCAUAUUCUGCCUUUUGGCUCACUUGUGUUCUUGUGCUGAUGGGAGAGAGCAACUUCUGAGUCACGCGGGCGGUGUUGCCAUGGUGUCGAAAAGGGUCCUCAGAGUCUCUCCGGCAACAGAUGAUCGGGCGAUUCACAUACUUAUGCUGAUCUCUAGAUUCUGUGCGACUCAUCAACUUCUUCUAGAGAUGUUGAGGGUUGGAGCUGUGUCAAAGCUUUGCAUGGUGCUCCAAGCCGACUCCGAAAAAUAUUUGAAAAACAAAGCAAGAGAUGUCCUUAGGAUGCACUCUAAUGUAUGGAACAACUCUCCUUGUAUUGCUGUGUAUCUCUUAACAAUGGACACCAGGUGACAUUUUUUUAAACAUCCAAUCAAAAUUUUCUCAAUUGGAUGAAUAAGCCUUUUUUUGUGUAUAGCAGUAGUAGUUGGUAUUUACAUUUGAUGUGGUAAUUUUUGUUUUUGAACAUUAUAUGAUUAUGAAAAGAAUAAUGAUUUGUCCUCGGAAUCGGAGGACCAAAAUAUUGUUUUUUCACUGCUCGUAUGAUUUGCUUCUCGUCACAGAGGCAUCAUUGUUAUAAGGAAAUGAUCGUCAUGAAAAAAAUUUCCUGAUGUGUUGCUAUGCUUGUUCAGUUGGUGUGCUUCAAACAAAAAAAAAAAAAACUUCAAGCAAAAUUGUUAGAAUAUCAGAAGUUAGAGAUGCAAAGGCUCGAAACCGAGCAAGGGCAACUGGGAGCGAUCCAACCGCACUGUAUUUUUGUUGAGCUCUCCUUGCCUUCUUACCCCAAAAAGUGUUCGUUGAGGCUGGAUAAAUUUUAAUGCCCCAAUUUCUUUUUACUCUGGGGGAUGAAUGACUGAGCCAUGA